AUGGCACAACCUGACUUAACAUCGCAUCAUGUCAACUACCUAAUAUGGCGGUACCUUCAAGAAUCAGGUCAUGGCGAUGCUGCCGUAUCACUGCAGCGCGCAUGGUACCCCGACCCCCAGGCGCUUCCCUUUGCGCGCCACAUUAAAACACAUGCGCUAGUGUCGCUGGUCCAGAAAGGUCUGCAGUACCACGAGCUCGAGUCCUCUAUUGACAAAGAGGGCAACCCAACUACUUUAACACCUGCCAACUACUUUUUUGGACCGGAGCCAUUUGAAGUGAGCACAUUGAAAAGCCGCGAUGAAGCGAGCGCAGACCAAGCGCCCGCGCCCGCACCUGCGCCAGCACCAGCACCAGCACCAGAGCCAGAGCCAGAGCCGGCGCACGACCGCGUGACGAAUGGUCACCCAGCAAUGGAAGUUGAUGAGGCCGAGAGCAAACCGGCCUGCCCACAUCCACAUGCGCCCGAUGUGGAUGGCGACGGGGACGUUAGCAUGGGGGCCAUGGAGCCGGAAGAGGUGCCUCAGGAACCCACUCUCAGCACGGGCAGCAGCGUGGGUAUCCAGAUCUCCCCCGCCAAGGCCGCUGAUUUGACCCCCGACACCGCCUUGCUCGAUGAAGAUCACGUGCUCUCCGCAAGCUGGCGCCCACGUGAUCCCUCGUUGCUGGUGGCCGCUGGAGACACUUUCUGUAGCAUUUGGAAGUUGUCUUCAACGUCGGCGCCCGUUCAGAAUAAGUUUUUGAACCUCAAGGGUACGGGUGCAUAUGUAUCCACGGUGGCGUGGGAUGGCAUCGGUGCCAAAUUGGCCGUGGCCUCCUUCCGAGACAUGAAGGGAAACGUGACCAUGUAUAACGCAGAGGGUAACGUGGUGGAUUUGUUGCCGGACCUUCCUCGUGUGAUCAGUGGGUUGCACUGGGCGGAAGAAAGUCCACAGUUGGUGAUUGUGGCAUCUGAUGAACGCACCUCUGAAUUGGCUCUGUGGGAUGACAGCCGACGACCCGACGUAUACCCGCCGCCCCAGGUCAUAGACAACCAGAUCUACGAUCUUGCAUGGUGUGGACGCAAUCAGAUACUCGCCUGUGGUAAUGGCGCCGUGUACGAAUGUGAAGUAGACAAUAACAUUCGCCUGACCAAGACAUACACCUCGCAGCAGGCCGACACGGAGUGGACGUUCCUCCGCUGCGCCCAUACUGCCAACUAUUCUGUGGCGGUCACGGCGAGCGCCACGAAAGCGUCGAUCUGGAUUCCCACUCAUGACAUUUUGAUUGAAAAUGCUCACCAAGAUGCCAUCACCGCCAUCGACAUUCAGCCUCAGUCGGCGUUGCAAACGAAACAAGGAAGCACCACGAUCACCAUCGCUUCAUACUCUGCCGAUAGUACAGUUGGAGUAUGGCAGGUGGACUUGGAAACGAAACAAUACACUUCCGUCCAUCGUUUGCGCCUUGGCGCCUCGAUACCCGCCCUUACCGGCAGCUUCUCUCCAGAUGGAUAUGCUCUGGGGGCUGUCAGUAAAGAUCAAGUCUUUAUCUGGAAUGUGGAGCGCGGUGGCGAUCCCAUGGCCACAUGGAAAGCCCCGAGCGCGGCUCAAGUCAAGGAAGACCCUGACCGCGUAACGAAUGGGCAGAAUGGCCAUGGACCAGCAAAUCCAGACCGUGCUUUAUCAUGGGAUCCCGAUGGCAAAAAGCUCGCUUGCGGCUUAGGAAAUCAAAUGGCUAUCGUGAAUCUCCAGCGGUGA